GAAAUCUAUAACGAUAGAUAUCUGGGCUUCGGAGAAAAGCAUUAUCCGUCUAAAGUAACAAAAUAGAAUUACAUAAUAGCACAGUGUGUAGGUACACAUUUUAACUGGAGAAGCCACAAAAGCCUAGAAGGUUAGCGUAUAUCUCUUCACCAACAGGAACAUAAUACACAUAGUGAACAUGGUAUAUGCCGACAAUUGGACAUUGAAACGAAAAAUCUCUUAAUUAAAUUAAUGAACUUACAUAGUAAUUCGAUAAGAUAAUAGACAGGUGAUCCGGUCGCUUUUAAAACUUGUAUAAGCGUCUGCGUUACACGUAAAUCCGACCAAACCGUCACAAACGACUUGAAAGCUCUCAAGAACAGUUUUUCCUUGUUUAGUUUUUUGUAGUAAAUUUAUUAAACAACUACAGAACAAUUUUAAGUGAAAAUGCUGAAAAUCCAAGCUUUGCCCUGUUUUGCAAAACGAAUGGUAGCGUUGAGCUUGAUGCCGGCAAGCAUUCGGAAAUUGUCUUCAAUUCGCCAAGCCGAAGUCGAACCGAUGUAUGAAGAAAGUGAUUUACACAAGAUAAAAACUUCUUUUACAAAUCCUAUGGACAUUUUCAGUGAAUGGUACAACGAACACUGUGCGGCCAACAUUAAUGUGACAUCGGCUAAAGCGUUUAGUCUAGCAACAAUUUCCAAAGCCGGAAAGGUGUCGUGCCGAAGUUUGAUCUUACGGCGUUUGGACAAAGACGGUUUUGUUAUGAUGACUGACGGUAGGAGUAGAAAAUCAACAGACAUGGCCGAUAACCCCCAAGCUUCCAUGUUGUUCCUGUGGCUGCACAAGGUCCCCGGAGAAGGAAACCAGACCAGACAAGUGCGCAUCGAAGGAGUGGUGAAUAAAUUAAACACAGACAACAUGCAGGAACUCUACGAUAUCGAACCGCUAUUUUGCAAAAUCCGUGCUCAAAUUUGUGAACAGGGACAAGAGGUCGAUUGGGAGCGGCUAAAACGCGACCAUGACAGAUUGCUUGGCCAAGUCACCAAACACAACAUUCAGCUUCCCAAACCCGAUCACAUAGUCGCUUACAAACUCGUACCUAACGUAGUGGAGUUUUACGAAUCCAUCGGUCAGAGAAUUGCGGACCGCCUGUUGUUCGUCAAGGAUGAUUCGGUGUGGCAAUCCAGUCGCUUAGCUGCAUAAAAACAAUUUUAUAAAAUAAAUAUGAUAAUAUAUGAUUUUUUAAAUUCUAACUUUUACACGUGUAACAACAACAAUGCACACUGCGUUUGAUGUUUUUUUUAUAUGUACUAAAUUUUUACAAAUAUAUUUUGCACAACCAUGUACUGAUUCAAGUAGGGCA